AUGCGGGGAUCAGUGCCGCAUGUGCGGGAGAGGGCAGCUGCACGUGCGAGGACACGUGCCGCAAUGAGCGAUGAAGGCGAGAACUGGAGUGUGGGGCAACGCCAGCUCUUCUGUCUUGGAAGAGUCCUUCUUAGGAGAAACAAAAUUAUUGUCCUAGAUGAAGCAAUCGCUUCCAUUGACAGUGACAUGGUCAUGGUCCUUUCUUUUGGGGAACUGGUUGAGUAUGAUGAUCCUUCAAAGCUUAUGGAGACCAAUUCUUCAUUCUCUAAGCUUGUAGCUGAGUACUGGUCCAGCUGCAGGAGGAAUUCUGUACUCGGAUAA